AUGCCACCAGCCGCCUUAGAGCUUCAAAUCUCUCCCAGCGAGGUACUCGACGAAAAGGUGAUCCAAGAACCCGAGACCCUUUGUAUCGAUUGUACGCACGAUGACAAUAUGGGGAACUCAUUAUUGUCAGAAGAGAGGGUCGGCCACAAAGAGUUCGAACCGAUUGCGAUUGUGGGUAUGGCAAUGAGACUUCCAGGCGGAAUUAAGUCGGACAGAGAAUUCUGGGAAUUUCUUCUGAACAAGAAGGAUGGAUUAUGUCGUGUCCCAGAAACCCGCUAUAAUGUGGAUAGCUUUUAUCACGAAACAAUGCCUCAUGCUGUCAAGACAAAACAUGGGUAUUUCUUGCAAGAUGACCCGGCACACUUUGAUGCCAGCUUCUUUGACAUCGGCACCACCGAAGCAAGUCGAUUGGAUCCCCAACAGCGUCUACUUCUGGAGGUAAUCUGGGAGUGUAUGGAAGGUGCUGGCCAGGUUGGAUGGCGUGGAAGAGAUAUCGGUUGCUACGUUGGCGUUUUUGGUGAAGACUGGCUUGACCUGAAGAGCAAAGACAGCCAGAAUAUAGACCGUGCUCAUGUUUUGGGAACUGGAAACUUUGCCUUGUCAAACCGAAUCUCCUACGAGUUUGAUUUGACUGGGCCAAGCAUGACCUUGUCUACAGGAUGCUCAUCCUCUUUGGUAGGGCUACACGAAGCCUGUACCGCGAUUCAGGCGGGGGACUGCUCCUCUGCCCUUGUGGCAGGUACAAACCUGAUCCUGACGCCAACGAUGACUACUAAUAUGUCUGAUAACAUGGUUCUCGCACCGGACGGGAUUUGCAAGACAUUUGAUGCCGCAGCAGAUGGAUACGGUCGAGGUGAGGCAAUCAAUGCUAUCUAUAUCAAAUCCCUCAAAUCAGCUUUGCGUGAUAGUGAUCCUAUCCGCGCGGUCAUCCGAUCCACCGCAAAAAAUUGUGAUGGUCGGACACCCAGUAUUACCACGCCAGGAUCAGCAACCCAAAAGAGUCUGAUUCAGAAGGCAUACCAGAUUGCGAGAAUCAGCAAGAUCACAGACACACCUUUCUUUGAAUGCCACGGCACAGGUACUACGGUGGGAGAUACAGCGGAGGUUUCUGUUGUCGCGGAGCUGUUCGGAGAUCACCAAACUUUCAUUGGAUCUGUAAAACCAAACAUUGGUCACGGUGAAGGUGCCUCCGGCAUCUCGAGUAUCAUCAAAAGUGUUCUUGCUCUUGAACACAGCAUCAUUCCACCCAAUAUACACUUCAAUGAGCCGAACCCAAAAAUCCCAUUCAAAGAUGCUCAAUUGAUAGUGCCGGUUGAGCAAACGCCUUGGCCGACUGACCGAAAGAAGAGAGUCAGUGUUAAUUGUUUUGGAAUCGGAGGAUCCAAUGCUCAUGUUAUUCUUGACUCAGCUGCGUCUUUUCCACGCGAUCAGGGACAUGAAGAGUAUAUUCUAAGCAAAAGCGUGCCUAUGCCUAUGAUACUAUCAGCUGCUAGCCCAGAGGCGUUACGCCAGAGAGUUAAGGAUGUUAAAGGAUAUAUGGAAGGCUGUUCAUCUAUGCAAGGCCUCGCUUACAAUCUUGCAGUUCGACGGGAAAUGCUACCCUACCGGACAGUCCUAAUUGGAAGAAACGAUAACGUGGUUGAGGGAUUGGAUGUCCAACAAUUUCAAGCUUCCUCAGAAGUCCCGAAGUUACACUUCGUUUUCACUGGCCAAGGAGCACAAUGGGCGGGCAUGGGCAAAGACCUUCUUGAGACAUACGAAGAUUUCUUGGCUGAUAUCAAAGCAAUGGAUGAAACCCUUCAAAGGUUGCCGGAUUCUCCGCAGUGGACCAUUCAAGAGGAGCUAUCAUGUGUCGGGAAUAUCUCGAGGAUCAACGAAGCCGAGCUGUCCCAGCCGCUCUGCACAGCAGUCCAGAUUGGCAUCGUGAAUCUGCUUUCUUCAAUAGGGGUUGUGGCGACGACUGUAGUGGGUCAUUCCAGUGGAGAAAUUGCCGCAGCAUACGCCGCAGGGGCCAUCAGUGCCGACACGGCAAUCAUCCUAGCUUUCUAUCGUGGACAAGUUACGAAGAAGAGUCGACCGGGCGCAAUGGCAGCUGUUGGGAUGUCAUCUAAAGACAUCCAAAAGUACCUGAAAGAGAAUGUUGUUGUGGCUUGUGAAAACAGUCAACAAAGUAUCACGCUUUCAGGAGACCCUGAUGGAAUUGAGCAUGCUAUUGAGCGAAUCCAUGCCGAUUACCCUGAUGCAUUUUGUCGACGACUCAAGGUCAACGUUGCCUAUCACUCCGAUCACAUGCGCGAUCUAGGUCAAAUGUAUGAGGACGCGAUCACCCCAUAUCUCCAUUCACAAGGAUCCAUGCUGGACCUGUACUCGAGUGUGUCCAAAAAGAAAGUCAGUGAGGCAUCUGACUUGAAUGCAUCAUACUGGCGUCAAAAUUUGGAGUCGCCAGUUCUCUUCUCAACGGCCGUAGAUAUGAUCCUCCGAGACCACAAGAAUGUCGCCGUUUUUCUGGAGAUUGGUCCUCACUCGACAUUAUCUGGCCCUCUUCGUCAAAUCUUUGAGGCGAAUAAUAGAAAACAGUCGAUUUAUCUACCUUGCAUUGUGAGAGGAGAGAGUCCAGCUGAUCGCCUCACGGCAUCCAUAGCCUCAAUUUAUUGUCUCGGCCUUCCUUCCAAUCUACCUCAAACCUUUGGAACCGGGAGAGUUCUUACCGACAUUCCCGCCUAUCCAUGGCAACAUGAUCAGAGACUCUGGUGCGAAACUAGAGCCACAGAGCGAUGGAGAUUGAGGUCUUUCCCAAAUCACGAACUACUGGGAUCUAGGCUGUUUGGUUCUAGUGACGAGCAGCCUACAUGGAGAAACAUUCUCAACACUCACGAUGUGCCAUGGCUGCUUGACCAUAAGCUCUUUAAAGAUAUUGUCUUCCCAGGAGCUGCUUAUAUCACAAUGGCUGGAGAAGCCAUACGCCAAAUGACGGGAUCUCAAAGUUACAGUAUUCAGAACUUGUUUUUGAAGACCCCUUUAUUUCUUUACGAAGCCCGCGAAACGGAAAUUAUUACUAGCUUGAGGCCCGUCAAACUGACUGACGUGGUCGAUUCUGACUUCUUUGAGUUUACAAUCUCGGCUUUUGACGGCCAGCAUUUCGUUAAACACUGCGAAGGCCAAGUUCGCGAAGGCUGUGAGUUCUUACCUGACACCGAAGAGAUCAAGCCAUUUAGUCGAAGCGUCUCCUAUUCAUCGUGGUACGACUACAUGGCAGAACUAGGACUGAGGUAUGGUCCGCGUUUCCGAGGUCUUCGACAGAUCACAACAGACCCUGUUCGUAAGAUAGCAAGUGGCGUGGUGACAGACUGUGAGCUGCACGAAAGUCAAUAUUCUCUGCAUCCAAUUGUCAUUGAUGAGGCAUUGCAAUUGCUCGGUGUUGCGGCCUGUAGAGGCCUUUCACGCGUGGUCACAAAGCUUUGUGUUCCUGCCUACUUCGAAAGCAUUUACGUGUCAGGUGGCGCCCCAAAGAGAGACCUGGAAGAAAGCUCAGAAUGCGACAAUCAGAUUAAGCUGCUUGCUACAACCCAUGGAGAGUCAGGCAACACUUUGACCGGGAAUUCAGUAGCGACAGCUCAUGGGGAAUUGGUCCUGAGCAUACAAGGCGGCGUCUUUUUUGCACUCGAUGAGAACACGGAAGAGCUAGAGAUCCCAUUAGGAAGCCAUGUAGAGUGGGCACCAGAUGUUGAUCUUCUUUCCUCGCAAGACUUGCUGAAGUUCGAUCCGGUUCCUGAUGAUUCGCCUCUCCUCGCUCAAAUGUCAACCCUCGCCCUUCUAUACACGGAAGAGGAGGUUCGUAGACUUCAAGCCGGAGCUCCACACCUUCACAAAUAUCAGAAGCGUCUCACCAAAGUGACCAAGAACAUCAUGGAUGGUCAUUAUCCUGCUGUUCCUGAAGCCCAGCAUUGGGCUAGCUUAGGCCAGCUUGAGAGGCGGAAGAUCUUUGAGGAGCUCAAAAAACUACCCACCAUUGAAAUUUACAGCGUAGCUGUGGCCGACAUGAUAGAGAGGGUAAUGAAAAACGCCGCUGACAUUGUUGAAAAUAAGAUAUCUCAGCUGGAGCUACUGCUGCAAGAUUCGGGUCUGAAGAGCCUGUACGAGUCAGCAAGCCAGAAAUUGGGCUGGCACAUCUUGUUUCCCCAUCUUAGACACUGCAAUCCAAGAAUGAGGAUCCUUGAAAUUGGUGCGGGUACCGGUGCUACUACUGCAGUAGCCCUAGAGCUGUUGCAAGAACCCAACGGCCUGCAAACAUUCGCCUCCUACACCUUUACGGAUAUCUCACACGGUUUCUUGAAGUCUGCCGAGGACCGGUUUCAGGGUUUCCGCAACAUAGCGUACAAGAUCUUGGAUAUCAGCAAAGAUCCACAAGACCAAGGCUUUGAACCGGCCAGCUUUGAUCUCGUCAUUGCUGCAAAUGUUCUUCAUGUUGUCCCAGUGAUACGCGAAGCGCUUGUGCAUGUUAAAAAGCUCCUUGUUCCCGGCGGCCGUCUGCUAAUGCAAGAAUUAUGCCCGGAUUCACCUCAUUAUGACUUCAUUCUGGGGGCCCUUCCGGGUUGGUGGAUUGGUGAGAAUGACAACCGUCUAGAGCAUCCUUAUAUCAAUGGAGAGCGUUGGAAUACUGAGCUACGCAACGCCGGUCUUACUGGCGUAGAAACAAUCUGCUACGAUGCAGAAUUACCUUAUCGCCAAGUUGCCAACAUUCUUUCGAGAAAGCCCAUCGACGACACCUACCAACGGACUGUCACACUUGUCUACGGAACAAGCCUUGGUAAAUGGGAAAACGAUCUCGGAAAGCAGCUUGUGGAUCUAGACUUCAACGUGACCUGGCUACGACUAGGAGAAGGAGUUCCGAAAAGUGGCGAUGUCAUUUCCCUCCUCGAUCUGGAGGGCCCCUUCCUUGAUGACCUUUCGGAUGAAAAUUUCAGAAUUCUGAAAGAGUUUCUGAUGGAGUGUGCAUCUUUAAGAGUAUUUUGGUUGAUGCCAAUGGCGCAGACAUUGUGUGUGGAUCCUAGAUAUGGGCUUGUCUUGGGAUUCGGUCGUUCCUUGCGAAAGGAGCUGAUUCCCCAGUUCAUAACGAUUGAGAUUGAUAUUUUUGACAGCCGGUCAAUCAUCUGUAUUCUACAGAUUCUGCAAAAGCCUACCAACAAGGAUUCCCUCCCUGAACUGGAAUAUACCCUGACAAAAGGAACUGCACAUAUCAGUCGAUUCAAGUGGGCUUCCAUAUCCGACUAUACUGCGAAGUUGGUGGAUCCUAACGCCCCAAGGAUGAUUUCAAUGGACUCAUCACACGCCUUGGACUCAUUUCAGUGGAUCACAUGCAUCGAAGCACCGUUGGGAACAGGGGAUGUGGAGGUUGAUAUUGCCUAUACUGGGUUAAACUUUCGAGAUAUCAUGCUUGCUCUAGGUCUUUUUGGCGAGAAAGAAAGCUUGGGCUAUGAAGCAAGUGGGGUCAUCCGUCGAAUUGGACCUGGCGUGGAGGCAUUCCAGGUUGGCGACAAGGUAGCACUCAUGGGGGAUGGACUUCUUAGGACACGACGAGUUGUUAGUGGUAAUUACUGUGUCAAGAUUCCAGCAGGUUUAUCUUUGGAGGAUGCGGCCACCAUGCUUACUGUGUUUGCGACGGCGAUAUAUUCGUUAAUUCAUGUCGGCUGUAUUAGCAAGGGCAAGACUGUUUUGAUUCAUUCUGCCUGCGGCGGAGUGGGAUUGGCCUCCAUUCAAAUUUGCAAGCUGGUGGGCGCCGAGAUCUUCGCCACGGUCGGCAGUGAGGAAAAGAUAAAAUAUCUGCAAACAGAACUCCAAAUUCCGAGAAACCGAAUCUUUGAUUCCCAUAGCACGGAAUUUCUGCCUCGGUUAAUGGAAGAGACGGAUGGUCGAGGAGUUGACGUGGUGCUCAAUUCGUUGGCAGGAAAGCUCUUGCAUGCAUCGUGGCAAUGCGUGGCCCCUUUUGGAAAGAUGAUCGAGCUGGGGAAACGCGAUUUCCUAGGCCAUGGCAAACUUGAUAUGGCUACAUUUGGAAAGAACCGGGCAUUUUUCGGAGUUGACCUGCAUCAAAUGGGCACAGACGCACCUGAGCUUAUUCUAAGUCUGAUUUCUCAGUUCUCGGACUGGGCGCGGGAUGGAAAAGUGAAACCGAUCAGACCUGUGACGGUUUACGAUGCCGAUCAAAUAUCUGAGGCGUUUAGAUUCAUGCAGCAGGGCGUUCACAUGGGGAAGAUCCUCAUAAAAAUGCCCCCGUGCUCUUCAGACUUGCCGGCGAAUCCUUCAAUCAAACCAUUCUCCCUAUCAUCUACCAAGGCAUACCUCCUCGCUGGUGGCCUUGGGGGCUUGGGGAGGUGUGUGUCAAAUUGGAUGGUUGAGCAAGGAGCCAGGCAUUUGAUCUUCCUCUCCCGGUCUGGUGGCCGAUCGGAUGAGCACAAAGCUUUCGUUCGGGAGUUGCAAACUCAAGGAUGUGAGGCCCUUAUCAUUGCUGGAGAUAUUUGCAACCUCGCGGAUGUCAAACAAGCAGCUUCCUGUUCUGCAUGGCCGAUUGGGGGUGUUCUUCAACUCUCCAUGGUUCUCCGAGACCAAGGGUUUGUCAAUAUGACACAUGAGGAAUGGAAAACUGUCAUUGAUCCCAAGGUAACUGGCACCUGGAACCUCCACCAGGUUUUUAAAGAUUCUUCCCUUGACUUUUUUGUCAUGUUCAGCUCUCUUGUGGGCUUGGCUGGAAAUACGGGCCAGACCAAUUACUCGGCGGCAAAUACUUUCCUGGAUUCCUUUGUCCAGUACCGUCGAAGCCAUGGUCUACCCGCCUCUGUCCUUGAUCUCGGUGCCAUGGGUGAUGUUGGGUUUGUGAGUCAGGACAAAAGGCUUAGGGACAGAUUGGAGGCAUCAUCUUUCAUUAUUCUGAGAGAGAAGAAUCUGAUGGAUGGACUCAAGAUUUCCAUGCAAGCGGAGGCAAAUGCUCGACCGGACAAUGGCAACCCAGUUUCCAAUCUGUUUGCGAUCGGUCUUGGGAGCAAGCGCACAAAUCACCAUACAGUUAUCCCACUGUACAAUUACGAUAACCGAUUCAGCUUCUACGCAAACUACGAGGCAGCAGAAAAAAAGACCGAAACAGACAAGACCGAUGAGUUACGAACUUUUUUCGCCAAUGUGGAGAGACAUCCAGAGCUAUUGGAUGACUCCGAGACAGAGCUUCGAAUCAUGGGAGAGCUGGGCAAGUCAAUCUAUUCAUACAAGGGACAGGAGCGGGAGUUGACAGAUGAGGAGAUGUCGGCAAUUGUCAUUGACUCCUUAAUUUCCAUCGAAAUCAGGAAUUGGUUCCGGCGAAAAUUGUCCCUGGAAAUUACUCUGACCGAGAUCUCUCGUGCCGGUAAUGUAGGCGCGUUGAGCGAGUUGACUGUUGCAAAACUGAAGGCCAGGCACCAGCAGAAGGAAGAAACACUUGAGGGUGCGGCGUGA